CUCAGCUUCUUUAAUUUCCCGCUCAAAACAUCCUUGAACUGCCAAGAGAAGAUGACAAAAAUCAGAAUUUUCCUCAGUAAGUGGCCAGGCAUGUACAUGCAAUCGGCUUUGAUUAUUUGCAAAUGAGGGACUUACAGAAAGGACAAUGGAGUGGUCACUGGACUUUAAGAAUUAUGACUACAUCAAAGACAAUGAAAAUACUCAACGAGGACCGCUUAGGCUCACUCUGUUGAGUACAGAAUGGAGGCCACAUCUUUUAAACUUUUCUAUUAUCAUAAGAGGACUUGCCAUAGAGUUAGCUAAACACCCAAAUGUGGAAGUCAGUGUCUUUCUUCCACACUGCAGUGAAGAGGAAAGGGAAAAUGCUGCAGGUUACAGUGUUCGGCUCGUCCAAGCAGAGAAGAUGGUCCCCGCCACUCAUCCAAUUGAUUGGCUGAUUAAUUUACCACAAGGACAUGUCAUGGAUUGUGUUAUAGCUCAUGGUGGAACUAAUGGCAGAGAAGUGCCAUACAUCAUCAAAAAGCAGCAUAAUUGUAAAUGGAUUCAAGUGGUGCUUGAGGAACCUGAAAGUAACAUCACAAACCUUUCAGAAAGUGAAAAAUGGCAACAGACAGAAGUUGAAAUCUGUGAGAUGGCAGAUCAAAUUUUGGCCAUUGGGGCUAAGCUUGCAGUUGCAUAUCAACACUUUUAUUCUGGGAAAAUGGAUCAAAAUGUGUCAGCUUACACCCCAAGCAUUUUCUCUGAAAUUUGCAAUGUUGAACAAGUCAAAGAAUCACCAGACUUCCAGGUUUUGCUACUUGGUCUCAGUGAAAAAUUUGAAAUGAAGGAGUGUGAAAUUGCUGCUGAAGCAAUUGCUGCAUUGCACAAUGAAACCUACAAACUCAAAUUUGUUUAUUCCCCAAUGGUAAAUAUAGAAGAGUUUAAAGAGACCUUUUUUCAAAGUUGCAUAAGACAGAAUCAGCUAUUUACUCACCCCAUUACUGAUAACAGCAUUACGAUAGCAGAACUUACUGAUUUAUUCAGUAAGAUAGAUCUUGCCAUUAUGCCAUCUCAGACUGCAAGUUUUGAACUGACUGCACUUGGAGCCCUCUCUGCUGGUUUGCCGAUACUCGUCGCUGGUUCUUCAGGAUUUGGGAAGGCUCUAAAGGAAGUUCCCCUAGGCUCUGAGUAUAUAGUUAGCUCUGACAAUCCUGAAGACUGGGCCUGGAAAAUCAGAGCCAUAUGUGAGAAACCCAGGGUAGUACGACAGAAACAGAUGAAACUCAUUCGUGAAAACUAUUUGGAGAAAUAUAAUUUGAAGGAAUCCUGUGACAAACUUUUGAGAAAGAUUCAUGAAAUUGUGUCAGGUAAAUCUAAGAGCAGAGCAAAGAAGAGCAGAACAAAGUCAAAGGAUUUAUCUGCUAAAAGGCCAUCAUCUAUAUUUCCUGAGUUCACUGCGAAGAAACUCAAGGGAGAUCCAAUUACCCAGCCAUCAAGAUCCCCUAAGGAAACAACCCUCCACGUGGAGUGCCUUCAACAAAGGGAAGAAGAAUCAAUGCUGAUCGAAGAAGAUGUUCCCAUGAAGGAAGUGUUAUCCCAGUUGGUAGAUGUUAAGAUGGUACCAACAGUUACUCUACGGCACUUAGAACUGAAGAAAGAUCCAUUGCUAGAUGUUAAAGUGAUCACAAGAUCUGUCAUCUUCAGGGGUGAAGUUACAGAGAAAGGUAACGAGUGGAACUUACCGGAAGCAGCCGCUUAUGUGACAUUUCACGAGGGAGCUGUGCCAAAACCUUUAUUAUUUACUUGCUCAGUAUGGUCUCCUAAACUCCGUUGUCCACCUAUGGGUAGUGAUGAGCUUUUGGUAAGCAAUGUGAUUGAGCUGUCACAUGAUGGUCCACCAGACCUAGAGUUCAAUGGAGAUGAUGAAGGAAACAUAACUGUGUCUUUGUUGCACAGUGCAAGUGAUUUGAAGGGUUAUGAAGUGGUUAUCAAGCAAUUGGUGGAUCCACAUGACAGCGAAUGGAAGGAUUUGGAGACUUGGCAUGCUUCAGAAAAAGCAGACGUUUCUGACUGGCCUCAGCUUGUUGAAGCUACAUGUACCCUGUCACGAUGUUCCUCGUUUGCUGCCAUCUGGCGCCUAAAGUCCUUCACAUUCUCAAGACAUACUUCGGUGGCUCCUCAAUUCACAUGUGUAGUACCAGACUUUCCAGACAUACGUGUUGAGGUUCCUCUAAGUUCUGUACCUGCCGAUCAGGACUUUGCUUUGACAAUUAAGGUACAAGAAUUUCCAGGCAAUGAGGUUGAAGAUAUGAGGAUAUUGUGUGGUCCUGCCAUUCACAUUUCAAGCUCUCAGAACAUUGUACACACGGAGCCUGUGACUAUCAAGGUUCCACUCGCCCUUCGUGAAAGUAAGCAUGACUUUUCAGAGCUUUCAACUGAUGUCGUAAGGAUAUCACACCUUGACUCAGAGAGAAAACCAUGGAACGCUAGCUGGACAGAUAUCACAAAUCAACUAGAAGGGCCAGUUAUUGUUAAAGAUGGAAAUGUAGAAUUCAAGGUGAAGCAUUUCUGUCGAUUCUGUCCAGUCUGUGUGUUCAAUGAACGCGCAACUCUUUUGGAGGAUUUUUUUCGUCGUCUUUUCUUCAGACCCAUGCCACAAUGUGUACAUUUUCUCACUUGUCUAUGUAAGACGACAGUUCCUGAUACUUACAGCCUUUUGCUGUAUUGUUAUCCAAAUUUCAAAAAGGCUGAGCUGGAAAAGAAAUUGUUAAGCUAUGAUGUGCCUUACAAAGGUGAAGGAAAGUCAAAGGAGCCUGCUUGUGUUGGAGAUGAAAUUGUGGUUUCUCCUUUAGCUCUUGAUUUUGUGCGGGAAUCUCAAAGGAACGAAAAGGUAGUUCUAAGGUUUCUUGGAAACGAUAUAUCUGACAAUAGUGAUAUGGCUUUGAUUGUUCGCCUGGACAACGAAAGUGUUCCAACCGUGAAGUUCUCCAAAGACGAAGAGUUGCGAAAACUUCUUUGUGAAGUACCAAUCUUAAAGACUCGACCAGCAUCUGCGUGUGUUGUUAUUUCGCAGGUUCCUCCCACAGUGACUGUGGAUCCGAGAGUUUUACCAGAGGAGAGACCUUCACUCAUUAAAGAUGGUGAACCUGAUGAUGUUGAAUUAUCCGACAUAGCAGAAAAAAUUCCUCAGCUGUGGAAAAAACUAGGACGUGUUUUAAGAGUUCCACGAGAGAAUUUAGACGAACUUGGUAUCAAUUAUAGGGAUGAUGCUUACGAAAGGGCUUUCCAAGUGCUAUCUUGCUGGAAAGAAAAUGCAAGCGAUGGUGCAAUUUCAAGGUACCAAUUACUGUUCGACGCCCUGACUAAAAUUGGCCGCAGUGAUUUGGCCAAGAAGUACUGCUGUUACUGUCCCACAUUUGAUGCUUCCGAAGGAAGAAAAGGUUAACAUGCCGGUAGAUACUUUUUAAGAAGAUUUUUACGCACAUGUAAUUCAUACUCGCAUCUGAACCAAAGUGGCCAGUGGCCGGUCAUUAUUUAUCGCCUGGGCUUCGGCGGAGGGGGAGAGGGGGUGUGGUGGAGGUAGGGUCACAAAAAAUUUACCUGAUCUCCCCCAUAAGGCUCUGUAGUAUUAUUAUAAUACCCCCUCCUCAUCGGCAGUCCCCUGUUUAAAAUCUGUUGAAGGCGAGUGAUCCCCCCUCUAUUCCUCUUGAAAACCUGUGACUCCCCCAAAAUCUUCCGAUCACCCCCUCUCCCCGUCCAGGCGAUACGUAAGACUGGUCCCCAAACUGGUAUAAAGGAAGGAGAACGCACUGAUUAAUCUUACAUAACUUAUUUAACUGCAGUCGUUUUUCCUUUAUGAACGAAGUUUCAUUUUUAAUCAAGAAAAUCUUGUUUUAGUGUAUACGAGAAUCAAAGCUGCCAUUUUACCUCAGCGUUUUUAAUUUUAAAAGAUUUUCCAGGAUAUUAUUCGUUCAUUCUUCUCUUCAAUUUUCGUGUAUAGUCUUUCGAUUUUAAGUAGCUGUACGUACUUCUUUAACGAGUGCAUAAGCUUCUGUUUCCUUAUAUUCUAAAGAAUUUCUACGGGAGAUAGUUUUUAAUUCACUCUACUCCAGUUUUAACUGUACAUAGUUCUACUUCGUUUGCGAAAAUGUAUACAAUA